AUGACAAGACCCUCCUCGAUACCUGUCUCUGCGCCGACCUCCCCAGCCGUGACCCGCUCAAAGACCGACCGCCAUCCUCCCGUCACUCCCCAGCGUGCAACACAAUCUGUUCAGUAUCGUCAUGUCAGCUCGCCAUACACCCCUGCAACUACCUUAUCGACUCCUUAUACCCCCUUCAGUCUUCGUUCACUGUCUUCUUCGUCCAAUGGGUCGAAUUUGGCGACACCUGCAUCCGUCGCUGGUCGUAGGCGCCUCAGUCUCUCGCUCUCGCCCGAAGUCAACAUGGAUUCCACAAGCUUUGCCGAUAUUGCAGAAAAUUGGAGAAUGCGCGCAAACGAAAAUGGUAUAAAGGUCACUUCUGGCGAUGACUCCCAAUACCUUGCUGAUGAAUCCAGUCUUGAUAUUAGCAUUCCCAUCAUCGACAAGGCACUGCUACCUGCUCCCUUCCUUUCCACUCAGCGCCGCGCCCGUGCGUUUACGCAUACUCAAGUUCCGUUUGCUCAAAUUCCUGAUCCGACCCAGCUCGCGACACCCAAUCGUUCCUUCCGUGCUCCUUCAGUCAUAAAUACCCCUCCUCCUCAACCAGGAUUCAGGUUGCGAGGGAGUGUGACAGAUCCUGCUCAUACCCGUCGCAGACCGGCGUUCGGACAGGUAACUGAAUUAUUUGAUAUUUCUGAGGACGAAUAUGAUCCCUACCCGCCUGCGUUCUCCACUCUCCCAUCUCAGUCCCUCCCUUUGGCACUCACAGAUCCUUUCAAUCUUUCGUCUGAUCUCUCGAUGGCUCAGGAGCCUGACCAGUUUUAUGAAACGUCCAUGCAUGCCGUCGGAUCGGCGCAGAAGCUCGAGAAAAUUGUCUUUGCUUGUUCCGUUUGCGGGACGAGUGGUGGGGCGCUCGCAAUAUUGGAGCCCUGUUUACACCCGCUAUGUUCUGCAUGUCUUACCAGCGCCCUGAACAUUGUGGGAGAGAAGGAUAUGGAGUGUGCGGUAUGCAAAGCGAAAGUGGACAAUUUCCAGCUGCACAAGACUAAUCCCUGGAGCGCCGAAGGUAAAAGGCUUGCGCGGGAGAUGUCAGGCGUCCAGGAACGCGCAUACAGCGAUGCGGAAUAUGCUGCGCACGACGAAGGCCUUCUUCCGAGUGCUUUCGAUGGAGGACCUGGAAAAGAUCUGGGAGGGGUUGAGAGUUUCGAUGACUUCAUGGAUCGUGCUCAGGGUGCCUCGACGCCGGUCGCUGGUCGUCGCGCUCAACGCCACAGUGAGUUAGGAUCUGCAAGGCGUGUUGUAUUGCGCGUAGACAACGUGCCUUGGGAUAUUACUCCUCCUGCCAUCGCGGCAUGGUUAAAACACCCUGUGGAACGCGUUCACGUUCUUCUCGAUCGCAAGGGCAAAACUCUGAGCCAUGCUUACGUCGAAGUUGCCAAUGCAGAAAUUGCGAAAGCCGCCCUACGCAGUGCGCAAAAUUCUGUACUUGGUCGUGGAAAGCGUGCGCGUGGAGUCACGGUUACAAAGAGCAGCCAGGAAGAGCUUAUGAGAGCCCUGUUCCCAUCCUGGCAAGGGAACUUUGAAGGUUCACGACCUUCACUUUCCGGAUUGGACAACGAGCGUGUUAUAUCGACCCUCCAGCGUGGAUUGCUGUCAGAGGUGGAGCUAAACUCGCUAUUACAUCUCAUUCGAUCUCCCGAUAGUCAUUUCCUCAAGGUACCCUCGCUCCCCUUCCACUCUUUGAUCAGCAUCCUCUCCAAGUUCCCCGCGGACGAUGAUAGCCGAGUCUUUUGGUCAAGCACUCUGAGAGACCUUUUGUAUGAUAUCACGCAUGCUGCUCUACAAGUUUUGCUCGCUCGGAACGAGGAAAAUACUCUUUCGGACUGGACGUCGUUGACUACCCAAGUAGUUCGGGCUGCGAUGGAUUGCCAAGCCUUCACUGCCGAACAAAUGGGCAAGCUUUCUGACAUCUUGGAGGCGUCUUUCCCAACGUCCUCUCCUAGCGGGUCCUCUUCUACAUCUCUGUCGCCUCCGCCUCUUCAGCCCAAAAUGGAGGAAAUGCACCAGAGCCACACGAGUGGGCGUCCCAGCCCCAGUGGAGAGGCAUUCAACGAACUGGCUCACGAGUUUGGUGUACAACCACAGCUGAUUGAGGCAUUGGCCCGACGGCUUUCCGGGAUUCCUCCGGCGGAUGUCCGUCUGAAGACAUAUGAGAGCCAAGACAUAACGGGUACUCAGCUGCUGGCCUCGACGCUGGACAUGUGGACAGCGGGUUCCAGAGAGAAGCGGUGA